AUGGUAAACCUCAGCGAUGUUAAGGGUAACACCCGCGACAAUCGAACAUCUGCACAUACGCAUAUCAAAGGUCUCGGACUUCGAAAUGAUGGGACUGCUGAGAGACAAGCUGGCGGGUUUGUUGGACAAGCAGCAGCUCGAGAGGCUUGUGGUGUGGUCGUCGACUUAAUUCGUUCACAAAAAAUGGCCGGCCGAGCUAUUUUACUCGCAGGAGGACCUGGAACUGGAAAGACAGCUCUUGCCCUAGCUAUCAGUCAAGAACUCGGAACAAAAGUGCCAUUCUGCCCCAUCGUCGCAAGCGAAAUAUAUUCGACGGAAGUAAAGAAAACAGAAGCGCUGAUGGAAAAUUUUCGACGAGCCAUUGGUUUAAAGGUUCGCGAGACGAAGGAGGUUUAUGAGGGAGAGGUUACAGAAUUAACACCUGAAGAAGCCGAAAAUCCACUGGGAAGCUACGGCAAGACUAUCAGCACAUUAUUGAUCGGGUUGAAGAGCGCAAAGGGCCAAAAGAAGUUACGAUUGGAUCCAAGCAUUUACGAAGCUAUACAAAAGGAAAGAGUCACAGUCGGAGAUGUCAUCUAUAUCGAGGCAAAUACUGGAGCUUGUAAACGCGUUGGCAGAUCGGAUGCAUAUGCGACCGAGUUCGACUUGGAGGCGGAAGAAUAUGUACCAAUACCAAAAGGAGAAGUUCACAAGAAAAAGGAGAUAGUGCAGGACGUUACUUUACAUGACCUGGAUAUCGCAAACGCCAGGCCUCAAGGAGGACAAGACAUAAUGAGUAUGAUGGGCCAAUUGAUGAAACCAAAGAUGACUGAGAUCACUGAGAAAUUACGAGCGGAGAUUAAUAAAGUGGUCAACAAAUACAUUGACCAAGGAGUGGCAGAGCUUGUUCCAGGAGUGCUUUUUAUUGAUGAGGUUCACAUGCUCGAUAUUGAAUGCUUCACAUAUCUGAAUCGUGCUCUCGAAUCAACGAUCUCCCCCAUCGUGAUUCUCGCUUCCAAUCGUGGCAUGUGCACUAUCCGUGGCACCGAAGAUUUGAUUUCGGCACAUGGGAUUCCUUCUGAUCUUUUGGCUCGUCUUUUGAUUAUUCCCACAAAUGCUUACGAGGCGGAUGAAAUAAAGAGAAUUCUUCGAAUUCGAGUUACAGUUGAAGGUCUAGCCAUAACUGAAGCUGCAUUGGACAAACUCACAGAACAUGGUUCACGAAUUAGUUUGAGGUAUGCGUUGCAGCUGUUAACGCCAUCUAGCAUACUAGCGCGAGUAAGCGGGCGCAAUCAGAUUGAUGUGAUGGAUGUAGGAGAGUGCGAAGAUUUGUUCAUUGAUGCACGGAGGAGUGCCGCUAUUAUGAACGGUGAAGCUGGUAAUGGGUUCAUUUCAUAG